UUUUUGUUUUGUUGUUGAGAUGAGACACAAGCGCGCCUUCGCCCCUUGUGCUCACUCUCAUCUAGCACCCAUCAAAGCCUGACCAGGGAGUCAGUUGAUAAGAAAAUCUAUCUACAUUUCUCUUUCCAGAGCUCGCUCGGGCCUACCGAUCUCACAGCAGUGUAGACCAACCUCUGUGAUAGAGCGGUGACAGCAGUGUAACCUCUGUGGUAGACUACAAAGUCUACGAGCUACAGCAGCACCGCCACCUCCGCUGCUGCAGGACGCCACAUUCUGUGACGCUCUCCCAAUUCCCAUCCAUGCCAAACGCCGAGAUUCAUCCACUGCCAGUCCUUUAAAAUCUACCAUCGCUGUUCGGCGUAUCAGAGAGGGGAGCUUUGUUCUCCAGUGUCCCGCUCCGGAAACACCUUUGCUUGCUGUGUCUUCCAUUUCUAUCCCAUCGUUAUUCGAGGUCGAGCUUCUACGAGUCGAAACAUCCAACAUCGUCACAACAGCAGUUCUGCCACCGUCGUCCUCGAUUUUUUUCAAUUUUUCCACCAACGCCCUUUCAGGCUUAGACUACACCACCAGAAAUUGGGGGGCGACAAGCGCUUUCGUCUGCGAGCUAUAGAUAACAUUUAUAUAUCGACUUAUACAGCAGUGUCGUGAGCGUGUGUGUGUGCUGCUCUUGAAUACAUCGUCCGAUAGGUGGCUCCGGAAGCAGCUCCCGAUCGUUCAGAAGUCGACAUGUCAUGCUACACGAGUGACACCCUCGCCGGUGUGCUCGAGACUGGCAUCAAGGAGGUUCAAAAACUGGGCCAGGAACUAGUUGACCUUGCUCAAGAGUCCGGUUGUUCCUGGAAGAAGAAAAAUAAGAACAGAGGCCAUGGCCAUCGACAUACUCCGAUGCGAAUAAACAUUGUGACCAAGGGGCGGCCUUCUUAUGGCCAGUCGUUGCGCAUCCGAAAGAGCCACUUCGAAGGCACGUCCGCCUCCAGCAGAGUGGUAUCUGACAACGGCGCUGGACGAAGUAUUACCCGGGGGGGAGGCUCAGGCAGAGGCCGCUCUCCUUUUCGCGAGGCGCUCGACGAGGCAAAAGAGCAACUCGCUCAUGUUUGGCGGCAACGCGAGCGGUCUGAAGGCGCGUUGCCGUGCAGGACCCGGCUAUCUGUCCGUGAUGAGUCUGCUAAAGUGUCGGUUUCUUACCAAGAAAUUGAACACAAUUCGGGCGAUAUCAGUUCAGGGGAAGAAAAAGGUUCUCCCCCGAAACACGUCGCCAAUCGCUCGGGAAGUGAAGAAUCGUACCACUCAGGCGAAUAUUCCACUCGCAAAAAAACUGGGCGCAAAAAAAAAACUGCGUAUCUCGUGGAAGUGAAGGGGCCUAGACGAAAAGGUCGACCUGAGGAAAAGCGGCCCUUGCCACGCGGUACGCGGCCCAGCAGAAACAAAGAACAUGGACACGAUGAAUUUCGCUGUACCUGGCGAGGAAUGGAUCUCAGUCAAGAAUCUGGGUGCAAAGAUGAAGGCUCGGGACGUUCGAAUGGUCGACGAGUAGCAAGUCCGCGACGUGUGGAGACAGCCUGUGUCGAGGCCGCUCACGGAAGCUCUGCAGAAGAAGAUGACGAGUUAUGCCUCAAGUUUCAGAUAAAGACUAAGGGCGACACGGCCAACAACACGGGCAUCGUCAGUCGUAGAGGGAGGAAGCAAGGGACUGCAAGCUCAUCGUUAGAUCGACGGGUAAAAAGCACAGCAAUCAGAAGCUCUAGGUCAGAGAGAUCGGAGAAGAGUGCACCGAGGGCAAGCAGAGAUUGUGCUCGUCCAAGGGCAAGUCUCGACCCGUGCAAAUUUGAAGCUAAUAGAGGGAGCAAGGAGAGCGUUCUAGACAACGGGUACCUGCACGCUCGACAGCGUGAGGGAAUGGUCGGGGCAUCUCUGAGGAGCUGUGGGGGCGAGGAACGAAUUGGUGAAAAAGAGGAGGAAGGGAAACGACCGAGUUGCUUCGAUAGCACCCACCAUUUGAACGGGACUUGUACCUCAGAUGUAAAGGACGAAGAAGAGGGAUGCUUCGCCCCCCAAACGAGGCGCGGUGACUGCGAUUACCAUAGGAAGUGGAAUCGUGACCACAACGAGAGGAUCACAGCGAAAGAGGACGAUGUAAAUGAGGAGAAUCAGCAGCGCGAGCGGUGGAGCACCAGGGGACGGGUGUUGUGGGCUACACACGCAGAGCCUGCAGCGCGAGCGACUUGCACCGACUCUAGAAUAUACCCUCGAGCGACGAUGCAAUCGUGUUCGCAGCCUGUUCUUCGGCCGUACCAUGGUCUUUACGCGAGGUCUCUUCAGGCCAACGGCAUCGAGCCUGCCAAAAUACGGUCGUCAAGGUGCUCCUGCCAUACUACCGACAACAGACAGAUUGAUGGCUCAGUCCUUUGGCCUGAUCGGGAGAACGCGGCGCGGACUCGGUCACCGGUCGACGGCCUUCCCGACAGGCUCGAAGCAGGUCGUGUGUUGGACUCGUUCGAACGAAGAGCAGAGCUACUGGGAAAGAUGCCGCCUACAACGCUGCGCGCCAAGACCGCUUGGAUGGAAAAACCGGGCGACCCCCAGUACAGGCGCCUGGGGCAAGCCGUUCGGGCGAAGUCCGAUAAAGGACUCUGUUGGGGCGAGAAGAGAACUUCAUGA